UUUCAAAAUUAACUGAAACAAUGGAAGUAUAUUUCAAAAGAAACCUAACCCUUUUGUUAUCAAGUUUCUAUUGCAUUAUGGUAACAAAAGGGUUAAAGUAAUCUAAACCAAAACGUUCUAUCAAAAUGUUAUGUUAAUUUAUGUUUCACAAAUUAAUGAUGAGGACAAAAUUAUUUUAGCAUAUAUAUUAAUCAUGUGAUCAUGUGACCAACCAGACAAUCAGAUGUUAUUACACAUUGCUGAUCACAACGUGCUUUGCCUCAUUUUAGCCUUCAAAUGAUGCCACUCUGCUGUCCAGGCAACCAGGCCAACAUUCCCCACCGCCAAGAGGAGGACUGGAGUAAUGUGAAAUGAAAUGUUUUGCUCAAGAACACAACACACCACCCUAUCUGGGAAUUGAACUUACAAUUUAGAGAUUAUGAGUACAACAGCCUAGCUACUAGGCCACACAUCUUCACAUAUAUAUUAUAUAUAUGUGUGUGUGUUUGUGUCUCCUUGUCUUGACACCAUAUUGUGGUUGUAAAUGAUUGUCACUGUCAUACAAGCAGUGUCCUUAAUUUCCGAUAUUCCGCACGAGAAGAUCUUACCUUAUUUGGAAACCAGAAUAUAAAAGAGUAAAAUGUAUGCACAAAAAAAAAAGAGCUCAAUAAAAAAAAAAAGCAAUUUGUUAAAUAUGUGUAAUAUACUCUAAGAAAUAAUAAACCUUAUUGAACAUUCUUUCUUAUUUGUGAGACAAACUGUGCCAUGAUGAUAAAAAAAAAAAAAACUUUUUCAAAUCUAGUGAACUCCAUUCAUCACCUGAAAAUGAUUAAACAUCUUUUAUCUUUGGUACUAAGAAUAAUCCAAGAAGAGAAAGCAAAUUCUUUAAGCAAUCAAUUUGCUGAGCCAACUUUGAUUUCUGUUUAUUUUAUAUCUUCAGUCAAUGAAUUAACAUUAAACAGACUGAAGUAUUUAACUUUUAUCAACAAUUUAGUGCCAUAAAGUCUAAUGCCACUGAGGUCAACUUUGCCUUUUAGCCUUUCAGGGUCGAUAAAAUAAUUACCAGUUGAACACUAGGGUCAAUAUAAUUGACUUCCCUGAAACUGCUGGUCUUGUGCCAAAAUUGGAGACCAAUUGAGUAUCAUUUCAGGGAUGGUUGAUGUAUUUUACUGGGGUUUUGUGGCUAGAUAAUGCAACAACUACAUUUUUGUAAUAAAAUAUGCCAAUUUAGAAACAAUGUUCUAAAAGAAAAUAUAUUUAAUUUAGCCAUGUUGCUUCUCUACAGUAAGAAACCAGUUCUGUUCUAUUCCUUUCUCUCAUACUUUGACCCCGCAUUUUGUAGCAUAAAACUACCUCCCUCUCCUUCCAUCUCUACUGUACCUCUGCUCAGUCAGAAAGAGUUUUAGUCUUCCAAGCUACAGGAUGACCUCACUAGUGCUGGUGCCAGGAAAAAAAAAAACAAAAAACCCCACCCAGUAUUUGUUGCAAAGUGGAGUAUGAUAUAGUCCUUGGAACUGUCAAAUCCUGUCAAAUUGUCCAAUCCAUGCCAGCGUAGAAGACUGACAUCAAGGUAUGAUGAUGACAACAACAAUUAUGAAUAUGAUGAACAUGAUAACAAUGAUGAUAAUGAAGAUGAUGAUGACUGUGAUAGCAACGAUGAUGAUGAUGAUGAUGAAGAGGAGGAGGAGGGGGGUAAACUCAAUGUACAACCUAAAUGUAUGUGCAAAGAAUCUAAAUCUCUCUCUCUCUCUCACACACACACACUGAAACAACUACAAUAGUUAUAUUCAAAUAUUAUAUCAUAUAACUGUAACUUGUGUGUGUGUGUGUGUGUGUGUGUGUGUGUGUUCUAUUAACAACCCCAUUUCGUCCACCCUGCAUUAGCUAAUGUAUUUAAUUUAGCCAUGUAGCUUCUCUACAGCAAGAAACCAGUUCUGUUCUAUUCCCUUAUCUCAUACUUUGACCCCACAUUUUGUAACAUAAAACUACUUCCCUCUCCUUCCAUCUCUACUGGAGCAAUCUGAUCUGACAUGCAAAUUAUAGAUGUAGAUUUGAUUAUCUGCAGCCAAAAAUUAGUUAAUGGGAGGCUUUCAUGGGAAAAACUAACAAAAAUUGCUUUCCAAAAUAUGACCUCGUUCUUUGUAGCAAUUUGAUACUACAGGGCUGAAGUAACAUUUACAAUCUGUAAUAGAAUUGUUUCUGUUCUGACCCACUGACAUUUCAGUGUUUAAUUGGUGACAGUCAGAGAAUUGUGACUGAAAUAAGAAGCUGUGAAUAUCUGAGUUCUUACUGAACAGAGAGGGUCUAUCAAAGUAAGACUGGUCUAAAAAAUUGUUUGUCAAUCAGAUUUAAAAUGGUUUUCCUUACUGACGGGACCCUAAUGACAUGGGAGGAGAUUAAACACUAUAUUCCACAUGUCAAGAAUCAAGCAAGAAUGCAGUUUGUUCAUCAGUAUAAGAAAUAUAAGGACCUGAAGAACUAUCCAUUUUAUUGGGGCGAUGAGAUCGAAUAUACAAUAUUACAAUUUGACCAUGAAAAACGAAUUGUCCAGUUACUUUUGACUUCUACAACUUUACUUGAAUCUUCCGAAGUAAAAGGAAUAGAAUCAAGUGAAUGGUCUCCAGAGUAUACCGAAUAUAUGAUUGAAGGCAAACCCAGGAAUCCUUUUGGUAAUUCCAUCACUGAUUUGAAUCGUACAGAAGAACAUUUCAAAGAAAGACGCAAAUCAAUUAAAUCACUCCUGGGCCCACACCAAAUUCUCCUUACCAUAACAGCUUUUCCCAGAUUGGGCUGCCCUAAUUUCACUUUUCCCUCUUACGAAGCAGACAAACGUGCAACUGAACUCCAUCAGUCAGUUUUCAUAGCAGAUGCUGCGCUGUGUUGCCAGAUUGAGUACUUCGUGUGA